AUUAACUGAAUGACGUUAAUAUCAAAAUAAAUAAUAUAGGUUAUCUAUGAUACGCACGUGUUAAUGUAAUUUUUGUUCAUGUUAUACAAUAUAAUAAAAAUUUAAGAUGCCUAAAACGACUUCGGCCACUGGGCCACCCCGAAAGCAGGGGAUAAAUCGUGCGGGGCAUUCCAUGAACCCGGACAGGCCUAAAGAAGGCCUGAAAGGUGUUGCCAAGCCCCGUACGAAAGGUACGAUCAAGCGUUUGCAGAUGUACCGAAACUUCAAAGCAAAGAGAGAUAAAAGUGGAAAAAUCAUAACACCAGCUCCGUUCCAAGGAUGGUUAAAUGCAGGCACACAAGCUCGUGUUGAGCCUAGUCCUAGAUGGUUUGGAAAUUCUCGUGUGAUAUCUCAAAAUGCAUUACAAAAGUUUCAAACUGAAAUGGGGGCAGCCAUAAAAAAUCCAUUCCAAGUUGUUAUGAAAGCUACUAAUUUGCCAAUAACUUUAUUGAAUGAGAAGGCUAAGAAUGCUAGGGUACAUUUGCUGGACACUGAGAGUUUUCAGAGUGUUUUUGGUCCAAAGAAAAGCAGGAAGAAGCCAAAUAUUCAAGUCAGAGGUAUGGAUGAAUUGAGUGAUAUGGCUAAUAAGAAAAUGGAUGAUUAUUCAAAUGAAAAGGAUUCAAAUAUUGUUAGAGAUGAUGGUGGUGUUAAGGAUAUGCCAAGAGAUUGGGUAAUGGCAGCUGGGCAGUCAAAGAGAAUCUGGAAUGAAUUGUACAAAGUAGUUGAUAGUUCUGAUGUAUUAUUGCAAGUGUUGGAUGCUAGAGAUCCAAUGGGAACUAGAUCACCAUACUUGGAAAAAUAUUUGAAAACAGAAAAGCCCCACAAACAUCUGAUAUUUAUUUUAAACAAAGUAGAUUUAAUUCCAACUUGGGUGACACAAAGAUGGUUGAAUUUAUUGAAUAAAGAAUAUCCAACCAUUGCCUUCCAUGCCAGCAUGACUCAUCCAUUUGGAAAGGGCUCCUUAAUCAAUUUGUUACGUCAACUGGGUAAAUUGCAUAUAGACAAGAAGCAAAUCUCAGUAGGAUUCUUAGGAUAUCCUAAUGUAGGAAAAUCAUCUGUUAUAAAUACUCUAAGGAGUAAGAAAGUGUGCAAAGUAGCACCAAUUGCUGGUGAAACUAAAGUAUGGCAAUACAUUACUUUAAUGAAGAGGGUUUACUUGAUUGAUUGUCCUGGAGUUGUGUAUCCAUCAGCUGAAAGUGACACUGAAAAAGUGUUGAAGGGAGUCGUCCGUGUGGAAUUGGUGAAUAAUCCGGAAGAUUAUAUCCAACAUGUUUUAGAAAGGGUAAAACCAGAGUAUUUAAAGAAAACUUAUAAAGUUGAUGGUUGGACAACGCAUAUAGAAUUCUUAGAGAAAUUAGCAUUCAAAUCUGGUAAAUUAUUAAAGAAAGGUGAACCAGACAUCACCAUUGUCGCUAGAAUGGUAUUGAAUGAUUGGCAGAGAGGCAAGUUACCGUUCUUUGUGUGCCCUCCUGGAUGCGAACAACCGUUGGAGCAGAAUGUGGAGGAGUUACCUGUCGUACAGGAUUUGCAUAAAAUCCGCGUGGGUUUGAGCUUCGAAGGCGAAGAUAAUAAGAAACUUGAACCUAUUAAGAACAUCGAGAAAGCUGUUCAGGAGUACAAAGAGAACGAUGAUUCCCAAACCGAUAUCGAUUCGCAAGCUGACACAACAAUCGAUAGUCAAGCCGAUUCGACAAUCAACACGAACACAUCGGUCGAUGACGAAGAUUACGAUUCCGAUUCAUCUGAUGUCAGUAAUUUCUACUCUGACAUGGAUCAAAGUGAAGUUGCCGAAGCUACAAGCGGUGACUUCAAAGUGGAAAGCACGGGAAGUGGUGGUAAGAAACUGACGAGCAAACAACGAAGGGCAUUGGAAAGGGCGACGAAGCGCAAGAAGAUUGGAAGCAACUUCUACGAAGUUACUAAUGUUAAGAACAGAAAUAGAAACAAGAAAAAGGUUUAAUAUAUAUGAUUGUGUAAAAUUAUU